AUGUUCUCGCAUGCUCGAUAUAAACACCGUGUAUUUUAUAGCGUAAAAGCACUCAGCACAACAAAGCCCGGAGGAACACAGGACUCUUCUGAAGCAGUCGGAGCACCUUUAAAACACUUCACAGCGGAGGAAUUACUUCAGUACGAUGGCACAGAUGCAAACGGAGCUGUGUACGUGGCGAUUAAGGGCGUUGUGUUUGAUGUGACGGACAACAGGAAAGCUUACGAACCCGGACAGGGAUAUGCCAUAUUCGCGGGCAGAGAUGCAUCAAGGGCGUUAGGUUUGAUGUCUUUGAAGAAAAAAGAUGCCGUGCCCAACUUGGAUGGAUUGGAAGAGAAGCAGAUAGAUGUAUUAGAUAACUGGGUGAAAUUCUACCAAAAAAAAUAUAUGAUCAUGGGUACCGUCGGGCCUAAUGCCAGUCCAGGUCGAUUGCCCGCAAUCGCCACCGCUGAGACCAAGCCUUCAGAGUGA